AUGAGCUGCUUUGAGCUCCGUAACACAGGGGACGUGGCCAGCUAAGGACUACUCAGACCCUACGGCAAGAGGGAGAAGAAGCCACUGGAACACAAUUCUAAGAAAAUGGUGUGUGUGGCCAGGGCUGAACUGAUGUGGUCUGGCCUGGCAUUAAAGAAUUGGUUCUGGCGGGGGCUCUUUGUGCUUCACUUCACUAGUCUAGUCUUUGCAAAGGAAAAAAAGGAGUUCAAAGCCAAACUGGGAGAAAGUGCCCUCCUGCCCUGCUGCUAUGAACUACCCAGCCCAGAGUCCCUGUAUAACUACCGUGUUUAUUGGCAAACAAUACAAACAGAAGUAAUACAGGCUUACUCAGCAGGGAAGCCAGUCCCGGACUCAGUCCCAGUCAAUUCAAAGUAUGUGAACCGGACAGAGAUGGACCUACAGAACCUCACACUGUUGAUCUCCCCAGUGGAACUAUCAGACAACAACACAUAUGAAUGCAUAGUUCAGGUGCUAGAGAACGGAGCUUACAAGCGUGCAUGUGCCAAGAGUGUGGUUUUGGUGGUUGUAGCUGACUUCAGCAAGCCAGUCAUAUCAGCGGAUGUACCCAAAGAUGCUUGUGGCUCAACUGAGGUGAUGGUGAACUGUUCUUCUCAUGGUGGCUUUGCAGAGCCCAGAGUCUCCGGGAUCCUCAAUAAUAUGUCUGUGGACUGGCAAACCAAUUUAUCUGACUCAAAAGACAGCCUCUAUAAUGUCACCGCCAAAUUGCAGCUCAAUCUGACUGAAGACAUUUUCCUCACGUGUACCAUUGAGUAUGAUGUCUACAAAGUGUCCUCUAACUACACUCUGAAAAAACUAAAGGAAUGUCCUUCUUCUCCAACACCUUCGCCCCAGGGGGUCAUUAUUGCCUCGAGUUUGGUUCUCAUCUGCAUCUUCCUUGUGGCCAUUGCCUUGCUUUUCAAAUAUUUCCGGUGUCAUGGCUGCGACCGACUGCGGUGCUCUCACUACCCUGUCCCUCAAGAUCCAGCAGUGGGAACUGAAAUGAAAGAGGGUGUAAGAGGUGUCAUUGAGCUCUCUGAAGUAAUAUCAGAAGCAGCAUCUUUCUGAUUACACCAUAUUUGCAGGUAACUUUCUCCUGUUUGUUGAUGGCAAAAUAGAUGCUCAUAU